UUCAGCUAAAUACACUGGAGCGUCGUACCUGGUUAAAGGAGCAGAGGACGGUGACAGCAGCCGAUAAAGUCAGCGGUCUGAUGCGGAGAAGAGGGAGUGCAGCCGCUGUUUGAGUGGAGGAAAGAAAGAAACAUCAUUUAAAGUGAGUUUAAAAGAAAAACCGAGAGGAUUUAAAAAGUGGACACGAGACGCGAGUGGGACCGUGGCAGAUGUAAGAUGACAUCGAUAAAGGAGGAUUAAAUUGCGGGGAUGUUGAGAAAAUAAUGAAAACAAUAUUGGCACAGUAACGAGUGACUUCAGUGCGGACAGGAAUGGCUUGAUUUCUCACCCCGGGACAGCGGUGGGACAACACAGUCUGAGGCGCUCAUGUUUCUGUGGAAGGGAAAGAAAGUUUGCUGCGCUUCACUCGGAUACAAGUCUACUUUCUGCGAGGCAUUGCUGCCGUGACCGUUUCUCAUCCCAGUGGCAGAGCCCGCUUGGUUUGGUGUCGGCUUGUAACUGUUCACAAUGUCCAAACCGGCGCUAAAGAAAAACCACUGGACCUCCAGAGUGAACGAGUGCACCGUCUCCAAAGAUGCCCGUGGCGACUUGAAUGUGCCGCUGCGCGGCGGCGCGGAAAACGGAGAGUUCGCCUACAUCGGGCAAGUUAAUGAGGAUGUCGUGGUUUACAAAAGUGGAAAAUUAAGUGAAGGGGAGCUGCUGCUGGAGGUCGAGAACCUCGCUAUUUCGGGAUUACCCUUGUACGACGUGCAGACAGUGAUAAAGAACUGCAAAGGUCCCGUCAGGUUGAAAACUGUCAGGCAAGGAAGCAAGCUUAACAAGGACCUGAAGCAUUAUCUGAGCCAGCGCUUCCAGAAGUCCUCGCCUGACCACGAACUGCAGCAGACCAUCCGAGACAACCUCUAUCGUCACGCCGUGCCUUGUACAACCCGCGCCCCACGAGAAGGAGAAGUUAGUGGCGUGGACUACAACUUCCUCUCAGUGGAGGACUUUCUGGAAUUGGAGAAGAGUGGGACCCUGUUGGAGAUAGGAACGUAUGAAGGUAACUAUUAUGGGACGCCCAAGCCACCGGUGCAGCCCCCCGGUGGGAAAGUGAUUAGCAGUAGCGGUAGCGGCGGUGAUGCCCCUCUGCCAGACGGGCUCAGCGGUAGCCUGCCGGGCUCGCAGCACUCCACUCCCCGACGCACCAAGUCCUACAAUGACAUGCACAAUGCUGGAAUAGUGCCUGGAGAGCAGCAGCAGGAGGACGACGAGGACCUCCCUGACAUGAACAGUAGCUUUACAGGAGACUCUAGUGAAUUAGACGAGAUUCAUCACUCGGUGCGCCCCUUCGCCCCCCGCCAGAGUGACCCGUCCUACGCUGGGACAACCCCCUCACCACCGGCCACCACGGAGAGCACACAGCAGACACACUCUCACCUGAGCCAUCCUCCCCCGGAGGACCCGCUGGGACCUCUGCCUGACAACUGGGAGAUGGCCUACACCGAGAACGGAGAGGUCUACUUUAUAGACCACAAUACAAAAACCACCUCCUGGAUAGACCCUCGGUGCCUGGACAAGCCUCAGAAACCCCUGGAAGAAUGUGAAGAUGAUGAAGGGGUCCAUACAGAAGAGCUGGACAAUGACCUAGAACUUCCACCGGGAUGGGAGAAAAUAGACGAUCCAGUGUAUGGGGUCUACUAUGUUGAUCAUAUCAACAGGAAGACCCAGUAUGAGAAUCCAGUGCUGGAGGCUAAGAGGCGCAGGCAGCUGGAACAGCAGCAGCCUCAGCAGCCUCAGCCCCAAAGCCAGCAGCCACCUGAAGGUGAGCGCUACAUCCGAGAAUGGAUCGAGGACUCCACGUUGGCAGGGGCCCCUCUGGCCAGCUAUGCUGCCAACCACCAGGAGACCUACAGGGACCCUCAGACAGGACCCACAGUGCCCAACGCGAUGGGACAAAAAAGAGGGAAGCCUUUCUUUACUCGGAACCGAUCUGAGCUGAAGGGGACUUUCAUCAAUACCAAGCUGAAAAAGAGUCGUCGGGGGUUCGGCUUCACUGUUGUUGGAGGUGAUGAGCCAGACGAGUUCCUGCAGAUAAAGAGCCUGGUCCUAGACGGACCUGCUGCCCUCGAUGGCAAGAUGGAGACAGGUGAUGUGAUCGUGAGCGUCAACGAUACAUGUGUGCUAGGCUACACCCACGCCCAAGUUGUGAAAAUCUUCCAGUCCAUCCCAAUUGGUUCCAUGGUCAACUUGGAGUUGUGCCGUGGCUACCCACUGCCCUUUGACCCCGAUGACCCCAACACCAGCCUGGUUACCUCAGUGGCUAUUCUCGACAACAAAGAGCCCAUCAUUGUCAACGGCCAGGAGGCUCCCAACAGCUAUGAUUCGCCUUCCAGCCACGGCAGUCAGAACAACAACAACGGCUCCACCAAUGGCGGGGCACCCCUCAACGGCCUUCCCCGACCCCACAGCCCCUCUGCUGAGGUGGCGUCUGAUACCUCUUCCCAGCUCGGCUACCCCAGCGACGUGGUCACCCUGGCCUCGUCCAUCGCCACACAACCAGAGCUCAUCACUGUACACAUGGAGAAAGGAGACAAGGGCUUCGGCUUCACCAUAGCCGACAGUCCCGGAGGUGGAGGCCAGAGAGUGAAGCAGAUCGUGGACUACCCUCGCUGCCGCGGCCUCAAGGAGGGGGACAUCAUUGUGGAGGUGAACAAGAGGAACGUUCAGAGCAUGUCUCACAACCAGGUGGUUGACCUGCUCAGCAAGUGUCCCAAGGGCAGCGAGGUCACCAUGCUGGUGCAGAGAGGGGUGGCACCUGCAAAGAAGAGCCCGAAACUGGAUGAUUUUGAGCUGGCUCCUCCAUACAGAGAUUACACUAGGAGGCAGUUAUCAAGAAAGGACAGCCAGAACAGCUCGCAGCAUAGUGUUUCCAGCCACCGGAGCAUCCACACAGACUCACCCGUACACCCAUCCCUGGCACCCCCUCUCAGCGAGAGCAUCGCUCCCCCGCCCCCCUCUCAGCCCCUGCCAGGCCUGCCACCGCAGGACUCCACGGCAGACGGGACCAUCCAGAGAAAACCAGACCCCUUUAAGAUCUGGGCCCAGUCCAGGAGCAUGUAUGAAAGUAGGCUUCCAGACUUCCAAGAGCAGGACAUUUUCCUGUGGAGAAAGGACACAGGGUUCGGUUUCAGGAUCCUCGGAGGCAACGAGCCAGGAGAGCCUAUCUACAUCGGCCACAUAGUCAAGUACGGUGCCGCAGAUGAGGACGGACGCCUGCGCUCCGGCGAUGAGCUGAUAUGCGUGGACGGCACAGCAGUGGUGGGCAAGUCGCACCAACUGGUGGUGCAGCUGAUGCAGCAGGCGGCCAAGCAGGGCCACGUCAACCUCACUGUGCGACGCAAAACCAGCUACGCCGUUAAAGCAGAGGGAGACGUGCCUCCAUCGCCGGCAUCCUCCCACCACAGCAGUACCCAGGCGCCCAGCCUGACGGAGGAGAUAGGGAAGCGAACCCCGCAGGGCAGCCAGAACUCCCUCAACACCGUCAGCUCCGGCAGCGGCUCCACCUCCGGCAUCGGCAGCGGGGGAGGAGGCGGAGGGGUGGGGGGCAGCAGCAACGCUGUAGUCGCUGCUGCAGCCGUUACCACUUCUUCUCAGCCCCCCAACGCCACCUCCACUCCCUCCUCCUCCGCCUUGCAGCCCUAUGACGUAGAGAUCCGCCGCGGCGAGAACGAAGGAUUUGGGUUUGUCAUCGUCUCGUCCGUGUCCCGGCCGGAAGCGGGCACCACUUUCGGGCGUAUCAUUGAGGGGAGCCCAGCAGACCGCUGCGGGAAGCUGAAAGUCGGCGACCGCAUCCUGGCCGUGAACGGGUGCUCCAUCACUAACAAGUCCCAUUCCGACAUUGUCAACCUCAUCAAGGAGGCCGGGAACACCGUCACACUACGCAUCAUUCCUGGAGACGAGUCAUCAAAUGCGUCGUUGCUGACAAAUGCAGAGAAGAUCGCCACUAUAACCACCACUCACACACCUCAGCAACAGGCUGCACCCGAGGCCAGGAACAACACCAAACCAAAACAAGAAUCCUUUGAAUUCAAACCCCCACAAGGCCCCCCUCCCCAGCCGCCUACACAAGUCUCAGCUCAGGAUGCUGAGUUCUACUCCGUGGACCUGGAGCGAGACAACAAAGGCUUCGGCUUCAGCCUGCGGGGAGGCAGAGAAUACAACAUGGACCUGUACGUGUUGAGGCUAGCUGAGGACGGAGCGGCCGUCCGCAACGGAAAGAUGAGGGUUGGCGAUGAAAUCUUGGAGAUCAAUGGCGAGAGCACCAAGGGCAUGAAGCACGCGCGAGCCAUCGAGCUCAUCAAGAGUGGAGGCCGGCGCGUCCAUCUGGUGCUGAAGAGGGGCGACGGCUCGGUGCCUGAAUAUGACGGCAGCCCCAACGACAGCAGCACAGCCAACCCAGCCUCAGGGUUACAAAACGCUGCGGAAGUGAGCAACCUGCCCCCAACCAACGCGCCAUCGGAGUCAAGCUACCCACCAGAACCUCACCAACCAUCCCGGAGCAAGAAGGAGCCGGGCCACAGCUCUACCGGCACUGGCAAGCAGCACCAUUCCAACCACCGCCACCGCUCCCCUCACAAGAAAACCAGCAAGGGAAAACACAAGGGGAAAAAGUCCACAGGGAAGGACCUGUCCAAGGUGAAAAAGAAGGAUGACAAGGGAAGUGACAGCCACCGCCACCAUUCCAGCGGACACCACCGUAGCCGCCACCGCUCGCCCGACAAGAGGCAUAGCAGGUCGCGCAGUGCAGAAAACACCCUGGACUCCCGUCAUGGGGGACACCGCCGCGGCCGCUCUCCCGACAAGCACCACAGUCAUCACUCCUCCUCUCACCACCGCCAUCGCUCACCCUACCGCUCUCCUUACCGUUCACCUCACCGCCACAGGUCCCCCCACCGAUCUCGGCACCACUCCCCCACCAGACGCCACGCCCACUCUUCAGAACCCUACCGCCGGUAUGCUUCCCCAGAGAGACAAAGCCGCAGCAAUGAGAAGCCCAACGGGGAUGAGGCCGUAUUGAAGGAGCCACCCAAGACUCCUGAACCCAGCCUCCCUCUUGAGGACAGCAUCCUCCGUGAGCCCCCAGCCCUGGACCGCCUGAACAGGGAGGUCUUGUUUCCGCCACUGCGCAGGGAGGAGCGCCUGUACGGGGAGGACAGCCUGCUGAUGAGAGCCUCCUCCAUGGAGAGAGCCUACAGGGGGGACAGCCUGCUGAGGGACGUGGCAUCCCGGGCCCCGAGAGACAACUACAGAGAUACCACCCUGCCCAGAGUGCGUACGCCGGAAUCAGAUUCCGCAUACAAGAGGUACAGCUCGCUGCUGAGGGGGCGCUCACCUGAGAGGAUGGAGAGAGACGGGCGGUACGCCAGCCGAGGUAGCUCCCCUGAGCCGCAGUACCGAGCCCGCAGCCUUGGACGAGAUAUCUCCCCGAUCAGGAGUUCCAGAAGAGACGACUCGGAGGACGAAGAGGAUGAUGACAAUUUCGUAGCGGCUAAGGUGCGAGAGUACUACAGCACGCUCAAGACCAACACCAGUCAAUCUUCCAAAAAAACAGUCCCAGAGCCCAAGAAGACCUACAAGGAGAACCCCAAAGACCUGAGCAUCUGAUUGGACAGCUGUCAGCCAAUCACAGCAACCACCCACAGAACACCUCAAGUACUCACUCCCAUUACCACUUGGUUCUACAGAAACGCGCCCAGCUGUGUACACACACACACACACACAUACACACACACACCAGACAACACACAUACACUAACACAAAUUUACACACAUUAUGUGACAAUGUUGAGUUACUAACAAGACAGUGAUUCCAAAAUGACUUUUGAAAGUAGUUUUUCUUUCUUUCUUUUUUUAAUUGUAUGUUUUAUUUUCCUUUUUUUUUCUUGUUUUUGGUUAAGCAUUCUACAUUUACAGUAACUCAGACUUUUCCAGAAAAUGUAAAACCAUAAAAAACAAUGAUGUGCCUAACAGUUCCAUUAACGAGCGACAUUUUGUUUUUUGAUUUGAUAUUUGGCAGGCGCUUUGUGCCGCGCUGUCAAGAUGAUGAAAUGUAUGUACUUUUCCACGAGGAUCCCAUGGAAGUACCGCGCACCUGGAUCACCCUGUAACCGGUGCUCACAAUGAUGCUGUGCAUGUCUUUACCGGUUUCAAUGUCUCUUUCUCUUUCUCUCUCUCUAUCUCUCCUGCCUUCAUUCUUUCUCUCUCUCUCUCUCUCUCUCUCUCUCUCUCUCUGUCUCUCUCUUUCUCUCCCCAGUGCCACUGUUUUUUAGACAUUUGACCAGACUAUAGCACAAGCCUGCAUUUGUUUGUAUAUUUUUGACAGUUUGCAGUAUGUGUACAUUCAGAGGUGAUCAUUUUAAAUGAAUGAAGGGGAAAUUAAAAGUUAAACUAUGAUGAUGAUGAUGAUGAUGUUAAAAUAAAAUAAUAUA